UUCCGGUGCGCCUUCCGGUCCGCCUCCCGAGGCAGGAAGUGCCGGGCGCCGCCUCUGCCGCGCCACAGCUCCGCGAUCGUCGUAGUCGCCGGUCGUCUGGUGCAGGGCAGCCCGCGUUCUGGUGUCUGGCGGCGAAUUAAGCAGCCACCAUGUCGAGCAAAAAGGCAAAGACCAAGACCACCAAGAAGCGCCCCCAGCGCGCAACAUCCAAUGUGUUCGCCAUGUUUGAUCAGUCACAGAUUCAGGAGUUUAAAGAGGCCUUCAACAUGAUUGAUCAGAACAGAGAUGGUUUCAUUGACAAGGAAGAUUUGCACGAUAUGCUCGCUUCUCUAGGCACCAUUCAGGAAGAUUACCUGAGAGAGCUGCUGACAACAAUGGGAGAUCGGUUUACAGACGAGGAAGUGGAUGAGCUGUACAGAGAAGCGCCCAUUGACAAAAAGGGAAAUUUCAAUUACAUCGAGUUCACACGCAUCCUUAAACAUGGAGCAAAAGAUAAAGAUGACUGAAAGAACUUUAGCUAACACCUUCCAAUUACUUUGUCUUACUCUGUUUUAUUCCUCGACACUCUCCGCCAUCCUCAGACCUGUUGCAUGCAACUUUGUUCCACAGCUUGGCCUCUUUUUUUUUUCUGAUGUAUUUAUUCCAGACUUUUCUGCCACUUAGCACUUGUAUAAUCAGACUGCAAAUGGGGAUAAGGAUAUAAAUUGUGUUGAAAAAGAGUUUGCAAAUAAAAAUCAACCAAUGUGAAAGCCCAGGAAAAUAUAUUUGGUAUUUCUAGUUUUGCUGGAUUUUUACAUUUUUAUAUAAUAAAAAUGCUAUUUUGAAAUAAAGAUUAUGCUGACUCAAAUGAAGUGUAAUGAAAAGUUAAGUGAUAGGUGGGAGUAGUCCUAUUUUCAUAUUUUCAACUUUAUGUAUUUUAGAUUUCAUGGUUAACUGAUUUUCUCAUGUAUAUGGGACAGUGUUUUUUAGAACUUUUAAGGAUAGCCCUGCCAGUGGCUCAGCGGUCAGAUUAACAUCACAAUGCAAUAAAAACUAUUAGUUAGCCUUUUUUUUCUUCUUUUUUUACACUUCCAAGAAGUCAGAUGUUUAAACUACUAAAUUAUAAAUAUAGAAUGUAUCUGAGAAAACACUCAACAUUUCGUUGAUCUAAGAGUCUAAAAAGAUGAGGCGAAAAACUGGAAAAAAAAAUCCUUUUAUUGUGUGUGAAGUAUUGCACACGGACGAUUUUAAUUGAAUCUUGCCAACAACCUUGUGAGAUUGAUUUCUAGCCUCAUACUCAUGGUGAGGGAACUGAGCUCCGAGUAGUUGAGUGAGUGAUCAGAGUCACUGUUAGGAAGUGUGACCUGGGAUGCCUAACCCCAUAGCAUAGAGUACGGUUUCUAUGAAAAGCCCCAAAUGCCUGAAAGAUCAAGAUAUUUCCAUUACUUUCUAACAAAAUGGUGCAAUUUAUUGAAAUUUAAAAUUAUCUGCUUUGGAAAUUGAUUAUGUGAACAAUUUCAGAAUUCUAUCCAGGUAAAAAACAGAAAAGAUUAUAAUGAAUUCAAUAUUUGAAGGUAAACCAUGUGACUGACAAACAUAGAUAAGGCCGCUAUGAGUUUGUUUAAAAUCCUCAAGGUGCCAAGCAAUAUUACAAAUAGGGAGAAACCUAACAAAAGUGGGGAGUGGUGGUUUAAAGUUUCCAAUGUAGUUUUCACAUCUAUUCCCUCACUUAAAAGUGUUCUUUUGGUAUAAUGUCUGCUUAAAAUUACAUAUUGUUUAAUGUUUGUGCAUUAGGCAAAUCUUGGUCACUUGCUGCUGUCACUCAGUUUUUUUCUGGGCUUCCUUUUCAUUUUUAAAAUGAGAGCAGUUACACUCUUGUGGUUAUAGUGUUUCACAGUUCAUAAGAGCUUUCAUAUUUGUUAUCUAACACUCACAGCCUAAAAGGUUAAUAGGGGAGGUGGUAUUCCUGAUUCUUUUAUGAGGGCUGAAGGUUAGAGAAAUUGAAGCAUCUGUUUACUCCAACUAUAAGAAUCCACAUCUGGUUUUGGCCAGGCAGGUAGCCCAGUUGGUUGGAUGUCAUUCCAUAUACCAAUAAGGUCACAGGUUCAAUCUCUGGUCAGGGCAUUGCAGGAAUCAACCAAUGAAUGUAUAGAUGGGUGAAACAACUCUCCCCCUUCCUCUCAAAUUUUUUUUUAAAUCCACAUAUGGCUGCCUUUUCUACUCACCAUGCAGUGUCAAAACCAGUGAUUACUGUUUAAGGAAAGGGAGAAAUAGAUGGGGAUAAUAUUGAUCUUGAAUAAAUCCAUCACCUGUUUUGUGCCAGAAACUGUUUUAAGUGUUGGUGAUAAACAACUGAGGAGUGAGGGAGGGGAGGGGAGGGAGAACAAACAAGGAUGCUGCACCCCCUGGGGCUCACAUUCUCUAGUGAGAGACAGGCUCCUAUUGAAUCAUAUUGAAGUACUAUGGGACAUGGCCUCAGGUGAGAUGGGUCCUUUCAAGGCACAUGUGCCAGGAGCAUUAUGACAUAAGAGGAAAAUACAGGAAUGGUAUUUGCUGUGUAGUCUAAGUGGGAAAUCAGGGUUUUGGGCAGGGAAGAAGCAUGAAAACCCAACCUUGCUGCUUUGUAUUGGAAUGGAGGGGCAAGAGCAGAUAAAAGUGAGAAGGCUCCCUAUUAGGAAGCUUGCCCGAGCCCAAGCCGCCCUCAUAUCUUGCCUGGCACCAUCUAUAGUUAUUAUAACAAUAUUAACUAUAUCCCUAUGGUGCUAUACUCUAUAUCCCCGGGGUUAUUUUGUAACUUCUUAAUCCCUUCACCGAUUGAAUACUUUAUGCUAACAUAUCCUAUUUGUUUCAUCUAUAGCAUCUAUAGAGAGUUACGGAAUUCAGUAUUCUAAGGCACUUAGGCUGGGACCUUGUUCCUGCCUAAGUGUCCAAUAAAUAUUGAUGACAAUGAAAACCCUCUAUUUAAUAUUUUUGUUGAGAAUCACAUAGUGACGAUCUCCUAAGUUGACAAUUGAUCCCUUGGCCAUUGAAGUGGGAAUGUGGUGUGUGUGUGUGUGUGUGUGUGUGUGUGUGUGCGCGCGCGUGCACGCGUGCGUGUGAAUGUUUACUGUGUGCUAAUAAGCAUGUUACACUACUGCCCGUUGAGGUAUUACAUUAUCCCUGUUCUACAUAUGAGGAACUGAGGAGUAGAAAUAUAACUAUCCAAGGUUACCUAACUAGUAAGCAGCGGGGCCAUAAUUUGGAUUCUGGCAGUCUAACUCUAGCACCUGCCCUCCCAGUAAAAAAAUUAUUAGAAAUAACACCCCUAAUUUCUUACCUCCACAGAGUAGUUUUAAAAGCAUUUGCUAUUGCAUUUGUUCCUCAAAAUUCUAGUAGGUUGAUAAGUUAGUCAUUGUUAUUCCAUUAUACAGGUGGCAAUACUGAGUUACAGAAGUUAUUUGCUCAAAUUUAUAUACCUAGACACUGUCUUAUCCCGGACUUUUU